AUGGAGCAGAAGCUGAGUAUCACUUCUACUCAAAGAAUUCUUUCGGGUCAUGAAAUCCCAGUGCUAGGAUACGGACUUUACCAAGUACCAUUUACAGAGGCCGAGCAUCUCAGCAUUGAGGCUCUGAAGGCCGGGUAUCGCCAUAUCGAUUCAGCGGCAGCGUAUAAGAAUGAGAAGCAGGGUGUCUCUGCCGUAGAACUGGCCGGAUUAAAGCGAUCUGAAGUCUUUCUAACAACAAAAGUUCCGCCGAAAGCUACUGGCUAUGAGGCUGCUAGACAAUCCAUUGAGGAUAGUCUCAAGAAGGCUGAAACCGACUAUUUUGACCUAAUUCUUCUCCAUGCACCCUUUGGAGGCAAAGAGGGCCGCCUCGGCGCCUGGCGUGCUUUGGUGGAAGCGCAGAAAUCCGGCAAGACUCGAUCAAUCGGCGUAUCUAACUUUGGCAUCCACCAUCUACAAGAGUUGGAAGAGUAUAUCAGAAGUGGUGGAGGAGGUAGGAUCGAAGUUGGCCAGUAUGAGCUCCAUCCGUGGCUUGGGCGCGCGGAUUUGGUAGCGUGGCUACGCGAGCGUGGCGUGGUCAUCGAGGCAUACUCCCCUCUGGCUAGGGGAACUAGAAUGGAAGAGGCCGUGCUACACAAAAUAAGCAAGAAGCAUAAUAAGAGUCCCGCUCAAAUUUUGAUUCGUUGGAGCCUGCAGAAGGGAUUUAUUCCACUACCCAAGUCUGUCAGCCCUGAGCGCAUUAGAGAGAAUGCGAACGUAUUCGACUUUGAGCUAGACGAAGAAGAUAUGAAGUCUCUGCAUACUAAUGAAUACUCGCCUUCCACCUGGGAUCCCACCGUACACAAGGAUUGA